GGAUGAGCCUCCCUUUUUUGAAGAAUAUGUUGUCGAUAGAUGUCCGACGAGAAAUUCUAUCUCGCGCGUGUAUGUUUUCCAGUGGAGGCUGCUGAGGGGAGGACGGCUCGUAAUAAUAGCUGGAACGGAGCGAAUGGAAUGGCAUCAAAAUGCACGGAAACCAUAUGUUUGAUGUAUUUGAUACCGUUCCACUUAUUCCACUCCAGCAAUUAGCACAUACAGGUCCUCCCCAAUUAAGGUGUGAUGUAUUCAUCCCAGCAGGUUGGGGUUGCGGAGGGGAGGCGUGUGUCUGCCAGCUACCUUUCUGACACACUGUAUCACGAGGCCCAGGUGAGACAGUGUUUAAAAGGAUACAGCCAAGAACCCACACACACUUAGACAGAUUCUGAGCAGCACUCACACAGCCGCGUCUACGUCCAUACACCUACAACUGAAGAAUUUCUCAUAGUAGGAACCAAAGAUGUGGAUUUUAUUCCAGUUAGCAGCCCUGACAGCAGUGGCUGCGACCCAGAGGGACUGUUCUCGGGGGGCCUGUUACCCCCCUAUGGGAGACCUGCUCCUCGGUAGGGACCGUCAGCUUCAUGCCUCCUCCACCUGCGGCCUUGCCGGCUCUGAGGUCUUUUGCACCUACUUUGGACAGUGGAGGAUAAAGUGCUGUACCUGUGACUCCAGGAAUCCAUCCAGUCAGUUAGCUCACACCAUCCAGAACGUUCUAUCCACCACUGGUCCCAACAGGUGGUGGCAGGCCAGGAAAGAUGUGAGUCCGGUUACCCUACAGUUGGACCUACAGAACCUGUUUCAGCUGGACACCAUCAUUCUGACCUUCAAGGGUCCCCAUCCUAGUGCGCUGGUGGUGGAGAGGACGUUGGAUAAUGGUCAAACCUGGCAACCGUCCCACUACAUGGCCUCAGACUGUCGCUCGGCCUUCCCUGGCAUUGCCAUGACUAUGCCACGCUCUCUGGACCAGACCUACUGCUACACCCUACCCCCCGUCCCCGCUAACUCUUACCAGGACCAGACCAUUCAGUUCAGCCCCUUGCGUCAGUUCUCUAGCAUCAGCGUCCCCAAUGGGCAGAAGAUUCAAGAGGUGUCAGGAUUGACAGGCCUGCGGGUGAAGUUGACUGAGCUGGGUGCUAUUUCCCGCUUGCCCGGCCGCACCCCUUCGCUGUUUUAUGCCCUCAGGGAGAUGAGAGUGAUGGGCACCUGCCUCUGCCACGGCCAUGCCAACCGCUGUCUGCAGGAUACUACUGCCUACCAGCUACCUAGCACACAGGUUAGUGCUCAGUGUGAGUGCCAGCACAACACAGCAGGUGUAAACUGUGAGCGAUGUGCUGAUCUCUACAACGACCUGCCCUGGAGAUCUGCAGAGGAGGGAAACACACACACCUGCAAACGUUGUGAGUGUAACAACCACGCCCAGCGGUGCCGUUUCGACCCAUCUGUGUAUGAGGCGAGCGGAUGGAGGAGUGGGGGGGUGUGUGAGGGCUGUCUGCACCACACAACAGGGCCCAAAUGUGACCGCUGUGCCCCUGGAUACCAACCCAACCACCGGAGCAGCAUAGACCAGCCUGAUGCCUGCACACGCUGCCAUUGUAGUGCAGAGGGGGCAGAGAAUGGGGGUCGGUGUGAUGAUGUCACAGGGUCGUGUCGCUGCAAGAUGGGAUACUAUGGCCUGACCACCUCCAACCCUCUGGGCUGCACGAAGUGCUUGUGCAGUGCAGAGGGCUCCCUGUCCAGUGUGUGUGACCCUGUGAGCGGUCAGUGUCCCUGUCGACCUUACCACCAGGGGCUGACCUGUGAACUCUGUUCCCGUGGUUACUGGAACCCCUCCUUCCGCGGCUGUGAGCCCUGUCGCUGUGACCCCACCAACUCCCAUGGUGACACCUGUGACCGGAAUACGGGUCAGUGUCAGUGCAGGUCAGGGUUCGGAGGUCGUACCUGUACAGAAUGCCCUGACAACACUUACGGAGACCCCCUCAUUGGCUGCAGACCGUGUCAGUGUGCUGCUGGAGGCAUGGUACCAGGAGGCUGUGAUAAGCGUACAGGGGCCUGCCAGUGCCGUAUUGGUGUCAUAGGUAUUCGUUGCGAUGCCUGUAGCCGUGGCCAUGUUUACUCCUUUCCUGACUGUGAAGUCUGCCCCUCCUGCUUCUUCUCUCUGGACUCCUACAUCCAGAACCUCACCCUGGGCCUAGAGAGACUCUCCACCAGAAUCCCCUCUCGUCCUGGCGGCUCAUUGCCCACCGGUCUCGGUCUCCGCAUCCAGGCCUUGGAGGCCACUCUCAUCCAGAUACGUGACUCUCUCCCACUCCCAACUCCCUCUACGAGACAAGUCAACAACGCCCUCUUUCAGCUACGCAGACUAAGGGACCAGUUAGAUCAGGUGGAUGGGGAUCUGUCACCCCAAGGCAGAGGCCUCGAGCUGGGCUCACAGCUGGACGAGUUGCAGGCUCUCCUGGGCGGCCUGGGUCUGCUCUACAACGCCAAGAGAGAUGCUCUCAGGAACCCUAUCAACUCCAACAAUGCAGGGGCCUUCUCUUCUAUAAAGAAUGCCUAUGACGAGUCCACGGAUGCGGCGAAGAUUGUUGAGGCUAGUGGGAAGACUGUAGAUCAAUCUUCAGCGGUCAGAGAGGAUUCUCUUGACCUCCAGAACCAGGUUCAACCAGCAAACACCAGAGACCUGGAGAAACUCAACCAGCAGCUGAACACCAAACCCGACCUCUCACCCACUGCCAAGCAGGUGUGUGGCAGUGUGCGCUCUGCCCCUUGUACCCCUGUCCAGUGUGAUGGUGAGCUGUGCCCUGCGGAGGGGGCGCCACCCUGUGGUCGUGGCGAGAGUUGCAUUGGGGCUCUGCCUCUGGGGACCCGAGCUGUGAGGGAUGCUGAGGAGGUAAAGGACAGACUGCAGCAGCUCAAUGGGAAGAUCACACAGGCUGCUGCACAGAUCCAGAAAACACAGGACACGGUCAAUAUGGUCAGACAGUCCACGGACGAUCUGGCCAAUCAGAUGAGGCGGGCCAGGGAUGACUUGGAGGCAGAUCUGCAGGAGACAAGAUACUUUGUUAAAGAGCUGAAGGACUUCCUGUCAGACCCUUCGUCAGACCCGACAGACAUCAGCACGGUGAGUGAAUGGAUCUUGAACGCAAAGCUGCCUCUCAGUCUGGCAGCUCUGAAGAGGAAGCUUCAGGAGAUCAGAGCCCUGGCGGCAGGACUCCCAGACAGCAAAGCAGUCCUGGACCAGGCUGGACCACAGCUCGACACCGCCCGGCGCCUGCUACAGGAGGCCCAGGACGCUAGGGAUGCUGGGCUGGGUGUGAAGGAUGAUGUUGACGGGCUGCUGGAUGGCUUCACCGCCGUGGAGGGCUCCCUCUCUGGCCUGAACGACAAAGUGCAGGACAGCCUGGACAUAGUGGAAGACAUCAGCAACAGUCUCACACAGACCAAGGCCCAGUUGACUCCCGCGGUGAAGGCUCUAGGGGAGGCGUCUACCCUGGCUGAGGGGAUGAAACCUCAGCUGGAGGGGCUCAAGGCGCUGGUGCGCUCUGGAGAUCUGCUGGCCCAGAAUGCUAAGGGAGAGGCCAAUAAGGCUAACAAGGAGGCAGAUGCUGCGACCAGGGACCUGGCGUCCCUGGAGAAGCAGCUGGAGCAGCUGCGUGCUGCAGAGAGGACCAGUGGUCAUGGCGAUGGGACGGGGACGACAGGUGAGCGUCUCCGGAAGCUGCAGGAGGAGGCUGGUUCUCUGGCCCAGGACACUGGAGACAUGAUGAAGGCACUAGCAGGUAAAGCAGACUCUCUGCAUAGACUACAGGAUGAGGUCCUACUGAAGUGCCAGAGGCUGACCGGUCUGGACGGCAAACUGCGGGACCUCCUGGCUGACAUGAGACAGAAGGUCAAGAUCCUCUCCACCUGCCAGGGCUGAGAGGUAAAAGGGCAGAGGUCAUCCUCAAAUAGCCUGUUCAUUGAGAUAGAGGAGCGAUGUUAUUUAUUUUGUCCCAUUUUGUAGAAUAAAUGUCCCAAUAAAUAUGUUUUUCAUGACGUUGAGUUUCCCUUAAUGUGUGGUUUUUAACUUUAUCCUACGACAUCCCAGUGACAUCAUUAGGCCUGUGAUUUCUGGGGCUGCAGCCCUGAAUGUUUUUGGUCCAGCCCGAACCUUUUGAUGGUAAAACACAUUUGGUUUAAGAUGGCACACGGAGAAAGAGAUGGUAUACGUUUUAUCCUAUUGGGGGGAGUAGGGUGUAGGGUGUAGUCUUGGGUAGAUUUCGACUAUGCCAUGUUGUCUUCAAGAGAUUUUCUGUUUCGUUUCUUUCCUUCACAUUAGCUGACGUAAGAUAGUGGAACAAUUCCUAUUCGUUAUGAUGUGCUAUCAUGUUAUAGGAUAAUGAGUGUGUUUGUCAGCAAGAACAGUACUGUUAUUCCCCAUCAAUCUUUUAUUAUUACACUUUUUCCCAAUUUUGCUGGUGUAACUACUUAUUUGACAUCUAAUAUGCUUAAAUUAGAAGAGACUUUCCAUGUUUGUCAGCAUUCAUGUGGGUAUAUACGCUAUGUCAUGGUUAUGUGGGUAUAUACGCUAUGUCAUGGUCAUGUGGGUAUAUACGCUAUGUCAUGGUCAUGUGGGUAUAUACGCUAUGUCAUGGUCAUGUUGAUUGUAAGUCAUAAAAACGAGAAUAGCCAAUAUUGAAAUGCCUGUUACAUCAAUUAUUACAUGUAUUUUAGUAGUGUACACAAGCUGCUAGGCAGUGAUGGUAAGGGGACUUCUCAAUAGCUCAUAAACGCAAACGAUCUUGCCCAUGUAUUGUAAGAUGACAAGAGUAUGCAACUAGUCAGCCCCACCACCUAUAGAUUUUUCUUGAUUGUGGGAUGACUGGAAGAAAUUAAUUGUUAUAGCAUAAACAUUUUCAAACCCCCUGCACUUGGGAAACACACCCCCCCGCAGGAAUUUCUUUCUUCAAGCUGUAUUUUAAAGGGAUAGUUCACCCACGUUGUAGAAAAGGCUCUCAUUUGUAAUAUACUUUUUUAGGGAACUGUCCCUUUUUAAUUGCACCUUUUUUUAGUUAACUUUGCCUUUAACUGCAGACACUUCUGAGCCGUCACAAUGUAUGUUAAUAUAGGCUUUUGGGCACUGGAUACCUCUAUAUGCUUUUUAUUGUUUGGAUUUGUGUGUGUUUUGUAUUGUUGGUAUUGCUGCACUGCUUGAGCUAGAAAUCUGCGAUAACAUGUGUACACGACCAAUAACGUUUGAUUUGAUUUUGUUCUGAGCAACCGAUUCCCUUAUUAAAUACCUGAGUUCCCUUUGUCUUUAGUUCAGUACCAAAUAACUCAUGCCUCUUAAAUACUCUCCAGCGCUUAUCCCUUUUCGUUUCUGUUAUCUCUGGCAUCCAAUACCAAACAUUGUUUCAUGUGUGAAUAUAUGAGCGUUUUAAUGAUGCGCUGUCGUAUCAGUAGUGGUAGACUGAGUUGUUGCAGCAUGUUGCAUAUGGACAUUAAUUCAGAUAUUUUGUAUAUCCUUCAGAGAGUGAUGAUACUGACAUGGAAAUAAUGGGUAUGAUAGGAAAUUUCAUAUAAAGAAUAAACUAACGCAAAUGUU